CACUGCCCGCCUCGGCGCUGUGCUGCUUGGUGGUGCCGGGCUCUGGACCGGGCGGCCAUGGGGUGGCGGGCGGCUGGGUCACUGAGGGCCAGGUAGCAGUAGGGCGGCAGGGACCGCUGGCUCGGCCCAGCAUGUAGACGUCCACGCGGGCGCGCGGCAGCCGACGGCAUCGGUGUUUUUCUCAUAUCAACUAUGGAAAUGGAACAAGAAAAGAUGAAUGUGAGGAAGGAGUUGAGCCCUGAUUCAGCCUCAUACCACUGCUCAGCAUGUCAUGGGGAUGAGACCUGGAGCUACAAUCAUCCUAUCAGAGGCCGGGCCAAGUCUCGGAGCCUGUCAGCCUCACCUGCCCUGGGCAGCACCAAGGAGUUCAGGAGGACCCGCUCUCUCCAUGGGCCGUGCCCAGUGACCACAUUUGGACCAAAGGCGUGCGUGCUACAGAACCCCCAGACCAUCAUGCAUAUUCAGGACCCUGCAAGCCAGCGGUUGACAUGGAACAAGUCUCCCAAGAGUGUGCUUGUCAUCAAAAAGAUCCGAGAUGCCAGCCUACUGCAGCCCUUCAAAGAGCUCUGCAUAUACCUCAUGGAGGAGAACAACAUGAUCGUGUAUGUGGAAAAGAAAGUGCUGGAGGACCCUGCUAUAGUGAGUGACGAAAGCUUUGGACCAGUGAAGAAGAAAUUCUGCACUUUCCGUGAAGAUUAUGACGACAUUUCCAACCAGAUAGACUUCAUCAUAUGCCUUGGAGGAGACGGCACCCUACUCUAUGCCUCCUCACUUUUCCAGGUCUUGAAUGAAGUGGUGAUUGACAGAGGCCCCUCCUCAUACCUGUCGAAUGUUGAUGUCUACCUGGAUGGACACCUUAUCACCACUGUUCAGGGCGAUGGAGUGAUCGUGUCCACCCCGACGGGCAGCACGGCAUAUGCAGCUGCAGCUGGGGCUUCCAUGGUCCACCCCAACGUGCCGGCCAUCAUGGUUACACCCAUCUGCCCCCACUCGCUGUCAUUCCGGCCCAUCGUGGUCCCUGCAGGGGUCGAGCUGAAGAUUAUGCUGUCCCCGGAAGCCAGGAACACUGCAUGGGUGUCUUUUGAUGGACGGAAGAGGCAGGAAAUACGCCAUGGAGACAGCAUCAGCAUCACCACCUCCUGCUACCCGCUGCCCUCUAUCUGUGUGUGUGACCCUGUGAGUGACUGGUUUGAGAGCCUUGCCCAGUGUCUACACUGGAAUGUUCGAAAGAAGCAAGCUCACUUCCCAGAGGAUGAGGAUGAGGACCAGGACGAGGAGGACAGCUAGGCCUCACUUCCCAGCCUCCAACCUGAGCCCUCAAGCCCUUGGGGGCUUUCUUCCCUCUCUUGCUCUCCCGCUGGCCUUCUGGCUGACCUGGCCUUGACAAACCACAUGGCUGUCAGGCAUCUGUGUCCUGCCUGCCUUGCUGGGAGAGCUUGGGUCUGCCUUUUGAAGAACACAUCAGCUUUUUAAUGUUUUUAAACCUUUUUCAUUUCUAAAGAAGCAAAAUAAGAACUGGGCUGGGUGUCCUACAUCUCUCCCAUGGGCCCCCUGAGAUCCCAGGUCAGGAAUUCCCAUAAAUCAGUCUGUUGAAAUUCUGAGGGGGGUCAAAAUGAAUUGAUCUUCCUUUUGAUAUUGGAAUAAAUGUCUCAGCCAGAAAUCUUCCUUUAGCUGCAGUGCUUUUCCCCAGGGCCUGUACCUUUCCCCUCUGCAACUCUUGGGGUCACUUGGCAGCUUUGCCAUAGGUUGGCAAGGCGUGUCAUGGCUAGGUGCCUCUGAGUCUGGCCCAAGGCCUCUGACUACGUUCCAGAGAAGACAGAGGCAACACUUUGCACAGCCAUCGGCAACAUCACAUUCCUCAUAGCAGGGCAGCAGCUCCUGAGAUGUUUUAAAUCCUGUGUACACUUUUUAGAGAUUAUUUUAAACUUUCUGAAGUGAUUAUGUACAUAUUUUCUUGUACACGCCUUGUGAAGAUUUAGAGGGGACUGCCUGCUGUCCAGUGUUUACAUUGUGUGCAGCCCAAUGCAGACAGUCAGGACAGGGCUCUGUGCUUCCACUCUUCCCUUACACAGUGGCCACAAAGGUUUUGAGACCAACUCACUCUUGAUAUCAGGCCUGUGGGCCUGCCCUCCUUCCACAAGAGUCCAAGGUUUGCAUCUGAGCAGAUAUCUCCAUAUCUCCCUGUGUGCAGACGUGUAUGUAGCAUAAGUGCACACAUAGGAGCCACAUAGGCCCUGAAGCCUUUGUGGUAUCAGUGGUCAGCCAAGGUGCCUCAGUUAGGUCUCUGCUUUCAGUUUUGUCUUCACCUCCUGUGGCGGAAGUAGGAAGGGAGGGCUGCCCGUUCUUCAACUGGCUUCCAGGGUAGUCAUGCUGCUCAAAAAGGUUUUGCCGGCUGCUAUAGGGCUGACCAGACUGAGCUUUCUUCUGCUGUUAAAGUCAGGACCUACUGGGCCCUUGGUGACACACAUCAGCACCUGUGGAGCCCUAUGUGGUCUGGCUUCAGUGCUGUUAAGCUGUGGUAGCUUAUCCCCAAGAGCUGUGCUAUUCAUCUGUGAUUGUGAGCACAGUAGGCCUCUGCUGUGAUCCAGAGGAGAGCAGGGUCUGGAGCAUGGGUCAUGCAUCUAAAAAGCAAGUGUUGACAAGUCUAGAAGCAAGCUGCUACCAGACUGAUCUAGAACACAUGGAGUUUUCACGUAAAUUCUUAAUGUUUCAUAUUAAUAUCUUAAAAUUUGUUAAUUGUUAAUGAAGGCCUUAUUACUAUUUUCAGAUUCUUUCAAUAAAUAAACUUGUUU